AUGCUUGCGCCAUUGCACCAAUCCGGUUACGAUUCGGAAACCGACGAGGAUAUAUCGGUUAUAUCAGAAGAUGAAUCCAACAGCGGUGUCAUAGACGACGUGGGACAACCUGGACAAGGAUUACAAAAAACGAAAAAACCGUUGAAUAAAGGAAGAUGGAGCAAGGAAGAAGAUAUGAAAUUGAAACAAUUGGUAGAUGAGUAUAGUGAAAGAUGGGAUUUGAUAUCUCAACAUUUUGCCGACAGAUCAAAUAUGCAAUGCCAGCAAAGGUGGCAAAAGGUUGUCAAUCCGGAGCUAGUCAAGGGACCAUGGACUAAAGAGGAGGAUGAAAAAGUUGUGGAAUUGGUGCGAAAAUACGGUCCGAAAAAAUGGACUUUAAUAGCGAGACAAUUGAAAGGAAGAAUAGGGAAACAGUGUAGGGAAAGAUGGCACAAUCAUUUGAAUCCGAAAAUUAAAAAAACGGCUUGGACGGAAGAAGAGGAUAGGUUAAUUUAUCAGGCUCAUCAAUCUUGGGGAAAUCAGUGGGCGAAAAUAGCCAAACUUCUUCCCGGGCGAACGGACAAUGCAAUAAAAAACCAUUGGAAUUCGACAAUGAGGCGAAAAUACGAAGACGUGAGAGACAGGAACGCGGAUUCGAGGAGGAGCAGGAAAAUGAAAGUUUUUAGAAACGAAGUUAAAAUUAAGGAGAGAAAUAGAUCUGAGGGUGGACAAGGAAGAAAAAUAAUUGAAUAUUCUCCCCACAUGUCCGUAUUAAAGAGCAAUUGGCCUUCAUUAAAUAAUAGUCAAUCCGUUCAAAUGGUGCCGCAAACGCCUCCGUUAAAUGGACAAAACGAUUGCCGUUUGGGAACUCCGACGAAAAGUGGACAAACGGUUGUUUCACCUUUAAGUUACCUCGAUUUGGAACUACUAUCUAAUCCGACAACACCGGUGAAAAUAUUGCCAAAUUGUGAUGAAGGUUUUCAAGAUAUUGAUAAUGCGAUACCUACUCGUUCUAAUAGCAAUACCACGCCGAUGAAAAAAAUAUGGCACGUUCCCGUGAUGACUCCGGAAAAGAAAAUUGUUCAUGUCCCACUCAUGACUCCGGACAGGCGACCCGUAGAACUCAGCGAACUUCCAUUCAAUGUAAAAGGCGAACAAAUUUUCGGUGCGAGAGUCAAACAAGAAAACUGUGAAGAAGAAUUCAUUACUGCAGGAGUGGUCACAACUCCGAUGAAAGGAACACCGAUCAAACAGUUACCUUUUAGUCCGUCACAGUUUCUUAACAGUCCUUCGUUAUCGUUCGAUUCUACGUCUGUUCGAAGAACUGCUCUUAACCUUCAAUCGACUCCCGUUCACGACGAUGAGAGAAGUAGUAGUCCUUUGACGACGCCGAAUCCUAUGCCGCUUCAAAGGGAAAACGAUCACACGACGCCUACAAAAAAUAGACGGUCUUUGACGCCGAAAACUCCGACGCCAUUUAAAAACGCAUUGGCGGAAUUUGAAAAGCAAAGUGGAUUAGCCAAAUUUACGCCACAGACACCAACUAGACUAGUUGAAGAUAUAACAGAAAUAAUAAAGAAGGAACAAGAUCCUUCUGAUUCUCAAUAUGAAACUGACACUUCUUACAUCACGCAUUCAAGUAGUCAGAGUGUGGUUUCGGAUAGUGGGUACUCGUCGAAAAGAAAACCCGGUACGGCGGUCGGAAAAGAAAAUGCACUACCUCAUAAAAAAGCUAGGAAAUCUUUAGUGGCGGCUUGGAGCGCGAUAUCGGGUCCAGGGGUCACGGAAGAACCUUUUUUUUCAGAAACCCCCAGCAAAUCAUUAAUCGGAAGCGAAACCUCAAUACUCUUUUCACCGCCUUCCAUCGUUCGUGACACUCUUCACGAUGAAUUAGGUGCGAAUUUCAUAAGCGACGACGCUCUUCACACUCAUUCGGCUAAGGGGUUGAGAAUAGCUUAUACCGGUUUUAAAAAAAAAAAAAAAUUUUUUUUUUUUUAUAUGGGGGAUGUUAUAUAUAGAUAUUGA